GAGACAUCUAUAGUCUGUCUGGUCAGAGCCACGAUAGACACUCGCGUUCGGUUGACAUUCAAUCGCACCGUAACCCAUUUCAAUGGCGUCUCCUGUAACAAACGUAUCAUGAGGUCCUCUGAAUUCCAGCUGGGGUUUUUGAAAGAUGAGCAGAGCAGCAACGGGGCACUGAGUCUCUGAAGAUGCCUCGGUUUGAUAUCGAGCCCGUGUGACCAUUGUUCGUAUCAGGUCACAGCUGUACCCAGAGCACAUAUGCUUGCUGUAGUGCUUAACACACACGUAGCUCUGUGCAUGAUCCCUGAAUGAGCAUUCUUUCUCCACACAUAGACUGACCCAUUGAGGAUCCUCUAUUAAUUCUGUGUGAUAAUGGUUCAUAGUGAGUCUGAUUCUAACAGACUCCGUAUUUUAUUAUUUUUCUUUCUUCUGACUCUUUCUUCUGACUCUUUCUUUUACAUGUUUUGAUUGUGAUGUUUCACAUGUAACUGUUACACCAGUUUCUCAUCUCUCUCUCUCUCUCUCUCUCUCUCUCUCUCUCUCUCUCUCUCUCUCUCUCUCUAUCUAUCUAUCUAUCUAUCUAUCUAUCUAUCUAUCUAUCUCUACAGGCCAGCAGAGGGCAAAGUGCAGAUCUGAUCUUGGUGGAUGAAGUGGGCUUUGUGAACUCCAAGGUGUUGUUGGCUGUGCUGCCAAACAUCGCGUUCAGGGGGCGAAAGCAAGUGCACAUCACCAGUCAUGUCACCCACACCCCAUGGCUGGAAAAGGUGUCCGAUAUCCGCAGGGAUGAUGGAGAGCCUGCUUACCACGUAGUAUCUCAGAGAUUCAAGUGUGCAUACCACGAGAGGGAGCCCGGCUUGACAUGCUUCUGUCUCGGAGUGUACUGUCCUCAACACAUUUCUGUAGACAACGAGCUCAAGGAGUUGAUGAACAUGGUUGCACCGAAAGGAUUUGAACGAGAAGUCACGGGAAGCUGCAAGCUAUCCUCCUCAGACUUCAAGACAGACAGCACCACGCCUUUUGAGUCCACGGUCAUAAACAGGUUCCUCUCGAACAACAGCGUUACCAUGGACCAUAUGACUCGAGCAUCCGUGGUCAGAGCGUACCUGUGUCUCGAUCCAACAUUUGGAGGGGGUUCGAGGUCCUGUGCCGGGGUGUGCUGUGCUGUGGAAUUGGCGGAUGGUAAUCUAGUGAUUAUGGCCUUGGAAGAGUUGGAGAUACGAGAUUUGGACCACGUAACUCAGCUCUAUGCAGCUCUACUGAGUGCCCAUGUCAGACUUCUAAAGAUUCUUAUGCCCAGAGUGCUCUGGAAAGAAGUACCUGUGGUGAUAGUAUUUGAACAAAACACCUAUGUGAACGCGUUGGUGGAUGUGAAGAACCUGCUUGAGCAAUACCUGGUACGCUCUGGAUUUAAGCUUGUAUUCUAUAGCAAGUGGUCACACAUGAACAACAAGUACAUGCUGGGCAAACAUGUGAGCGCAAGGACCAAACUGGACAUGGUGAUGUGUUCCGUCACGGCCAUCAACAAAGGAACCCUGUAUUACUGUGACACGGUCAUGUCUUUGGGAUGGGCAUUGUUGUCCGAAGCGACAAAGCGAACACGGAUGCUCGAGUCAAGCAUCGGAACCCAGAGGGGAUCUGGGUCCAGCAACAGGAUGGGCUCUAACAUGGCCGUGUUCAUGUACAGACGCUCGCGAAAAGGGUGCGAACUUAGCCACUGACAUAACAAGCAGUUUACUGGGUGCAUGCGAUGUCAUGACUCUGCCCAUAGAGAGACUGACUGACAAGGCUCAUGCUGAGCAAGGGAAAAUUCUCCUCGGGAAACUGAGAGAUGAGAUGGCACUCGUAACUAUUACACACUCCCUGAAAGGAAGCGUGGUGACGACCGGUGGCAAAAGAUCUGUACAUGGAGAGUACACAAGAGAUGAUGUACUCUCUUCCUUCCUGCUUCUGUGCCACACUAGAGAGGAGAUACACAGCGGAGUAACAUCCGUUAGGCUCAGCGGUGAAGUGUAUUACAAGUAAUACUCUGCUCUCGUGUGGGAAACUGUGAUGACCUGCUGUUUUUCCUUGUGUUUCUCCGUUUUUACUCACAUGCAUGCAUGCAUGUUUUGAAUGUAUGUUUGUAUGAGCUGUGCAACAAGACUAAAUAAAGCAUACACACAAGAACUCAGAAUCUGUUUUCCUUGAGUGUUUUUGUUUCCUUUUAUUAUGCUCAACCACAGGUCAACACAGUCCAUGUUCACUUCACAUAGCUGUACAUAGACAACAAAAUGAACAAACAAA